AUGUUUGCUGAAUUCGGGAUACCUGAAGUCUUGCGUUCAGACAACGGACCUCCAUUUAACGGCCAAGACUUUACACACUUUGCGAAAACCUUGGGAUUUAAGCAUCGAAAGGUCACCCCGCUAUGGCCGAGAGCCAACGGAGAGGUGGAACGAUUCAUGCGAACAGUCAAGAAAACCAUCGAAGCUGCAAAGGUAGAUCACCGCCCAUGGAAAGAAGAAUUGUGCGACCUGCUAAGGAACUACAGAGCGACACCACACACAUCAACAGGCGUACCACCGGCAACAGCUCUGUUCGGCCGACCAUUACGCACUAAACUACCUGAAAUCAUCCCAAACCACAUCGAAGACGCAGCUUUCCGAAACAAAGACAACGCUGCAAAGCAAAAGAUGAAACAAUAUGCAGACAACAAACGAUAUGUCAAGCCAAGCGACUUAUCUGAGGGAGAUACUGUAGUAGUCCGAAGAGACCCGUCUCACAAGAAAUCAGCAACACCCUAUGAUCCUAAACCAUAUACAGUCAGCCGACGCAAGGGUUCUAUGAUCACAGCCGAGAGAGAUGACAAAGUAAUCACCAGGAAUUCGUCGUUCUACAAAAAGGUUGAGCCUUAUGCUGUCAAACAAGAGGCAUAUAUUGAUGACGAGGAUCCUGAACAGAUAGAAUUCCCUACAGCAAUGGAGGAAGAUCCGCCAACUGCAGGACAAKCACYUCARCGGCGCUACCCUAUGCGUAACUCGAGGAGRCCACCAGGAUACCUCAACGAUUAUGCGUGUCACUGA